CAGGAAGACGUUUUGUUUGCCAGUGACGACGAACUCUCAAAUUCCCAAUCGCUCUCUCCUUGCUUGCAUGCGAAACAUGGAGAGAUCGAAAGCGAUUUUCUUCAAAGCAUCAAUUCUUCUUCAGCUGCUCUGCCUUUUCCUUCUUCCUUCAGCCCUUGCCAUAUCAUCCGUGAGCGGAGAAGGUCAUACCAUCCAUGGUCGGGUGAAGAUCGACGGUGCUGGAGCAAAAGGGUUUGGCUUUCCUGGGAAAACAUCAAAUGCCAAAAUCAUACUCAAUGGUGGCCAAAGAGUUUCUUUCCUUAGGCCUGAUGGCUAUUUCUCAUUCCACAAUGUGCCAGCUGGAACUCAUCUGAUUGAAGUGUCUGCAAUGGGGUAUUUCUUUUCUCCGGUACGUAUUGAUGUCAGUGCUAGAAAUCAUGGUAAGGUUCAGGCGGCACUUACAGAAACCAGGAGGGCUCUGAAUGAAUUGAUAUUAGAGCCUUUACGUGAAGAACAAUAUUAUGAGAUAAGGGAACCUUUCUCUGUAAUGUCUCUUUUGAAGAGCCCAAUGGGUUUGAUGCUUGGCUUCAUGGUGAUCGUUGUAUUUCUCAUGCCCAAACUGAUGGAAAGCAUGGAUCCUGAAGAAAUGAAGCGGGCUCAGGAGGAAAUGAGGAAUCAAGGAGUACCAUCAAUCGCCAAUCUUUUGCCUAGGAGCGGUUGAGAUUGCGGUCUCUAACUCAACUUGGAUGAAUCUGGGGGUUGGCUGCAUCUUUGAUAGCUCAUUACUGAUGGAAUUAAAUGGGAAGCAAACGGUCGCCCUGAAGUGCAUCAUUGGAACACCCUCUUGUCUGUAACUUGGUAUGACUCUACACUAGUUGGCAUGAAUCAACCUGAUAUUUGUUUUCGUUCAAGAACUAGAAUGCCACAAGUUUUUAUCAGCGAGAGAGGCGGCACAAUUUGAUCAUUUUCUUGUUGCUUUGUUGCCUUGGCAUGUCAGUUUGCCAAGCACCAAAUUGGUUAUACAAGCUUAUUUCAAAGGA